AACCCUUAAAGGUCGCUGCGACAUGGAUACAGUAACCAUGACUGAAUUGAAGCAAGUUUUGAAGGAGCAAGAAGAUCACAUCGACCAAUUAGAGGCGUGUAAUGGCGAUCUAAGGCUUGGCCACGAUCAUGUGGAAAAGCGUUUGAAGGGCGUUUGCGAAGAACUCGAGGAAGCACAGAAAAAUCUCCAGGGACUUGAAAAUGAGAUAGCUCAUAAUGCUGAUGUCUUGAAGGAGAAAAAGGAAAUGUUGGAAGUGCACAAGAAACUUAUUCAAAACUUUAGUAGAAUGCUUGAGGCGAAAGAAGAGGCGAGAUCACAACCCUUAAAGGUCGCUGCGACAUGGAUACAGUAACCAUGACUGAAU